GUGAAUACUGUGGGAGCUGCAGCGCUGUCACUCAGUUCCCCUAGUCGCUUACAGCGGGCUCCCACAAAUAACUGGAUCUCAUUAGGGCAGAUUUCCAAUCUCAGGACUAUUGGCUGCAGUCGCUGUGCUGUGGACUGAUCACCGGGAAAUUCAUCCGUGAAUUCGGCAUCCAGUGCCAGUUUUACGCGCGGUGCGCUUCCUGCGCGCUUCUCCUCCUCCGCGCAGUGUCCGGCUCCUCAAUGCUGAACAUGAGUUCGGACCAGGAGCCCCCGUGUAGCCCCAGCGGCACUGCCAGCUCCAUGUCUCACGUUUCGGACUCUGACUCGGAUUCCCCGCUGUCUCCAGCCGGCUCAGAGGGUCGCGGCUCCCACCGACCCCCGGGCAUCUCCCCGCUUUCUGGAGACGGUAAAGAAGCCAUGGAUGAGCGCUUUCCAGCUUGUAUUCGGGAGGCAGUGUCCCAGGUGCUGAAAGGCUACGACUGGAGCUUGGUGCCUAUGCCAGUCCGGGGAUCCGGGGGCCUCAAGUCCAAACCUCAUGUCAAGAGACCAAUGAACGCCUUUAUGGUUUGGGCACAGGCAGCCAGGAGGAAACUGGCAGAUCAAUACCCGCAUUUACACAAUGCUGAGCUCAGCAAGACCCUGGGGAAGCUGUGGCGUUUACUGAGUGAAAGUGAAAAACGUCCCUUUGUGGAGGAGGCUGAGAGACUGAGAGUACAACACAAAAAAGAUCAUCCCGAUUACAAGUACCAGCCACGUCGAAGGAAGAGCGCAAAGGCAGGACAAAGUGACUCGGACUCCGGAGCAGAACUGGGUCAUCACCCUGGCUCCCAGAUGUACAAGAGUGAAUCAGGAAUGGGGAGCAUGGGAGAAAAUCAUCUACAUUCCGAGCAUGCAGGUCAAAACCAUGGACCUCCAACUCCUCCAACCACCCCCAAGACUGAUCUGCAUCAUGGUGGCAAGCAAGAGUUGAAGCAUGAAGGCAGAAGGAUGAUGGACAAUGGGAGGCAAAACAUCGAUUUUAGCAAUGUGGAUAUCGGUGAACUGAGCAGUGAAGUCAUCAACAAUAUAGAAGCCUUUGAUGUGCAUGAAUUUGACCAGUAUCUUCCCCUUAAUGGCCAUGGGGCCAUACCUGCUGACCAUGGGCAGAAUACAACAACGGCACCUUAUGGGCCCUCAUAUACUCACGCGCCUGGAGCCACACCAGCUCCUGUUUGGUCACACAAGAGCUCCUCUACUUCCUCUUCUUCUUCCAGUGAGUCUGGUCAACAAAGGCCCCACAUCAAGACAGAGCAGCUGAGCCCCAGCCAUUAUAAUGACCAGUCUCAGGGGUCACCUACCCAUUCUGACUAUAAUACCUACAGUGCCCAGGCAUGUGCCACCACUGUGCCUACUGCUACAGUGCCCACCUCUUUUCCAAGCUCCCAAUGUGACUACACAGACCUUCCAAGCUCUAAUUAUUACAACCCAUACUCUGGUUAUCCAUCCAGUCUCUAUCAAUAUCCCUACUUCCAUUCAUCCCGGCGGCCUUAUGCUACACCCAUCCUCAAUAGCUUGUCCAUCCCAUCCUCUCACAGCCCCACCUCCAACUGGGACCAGCCUGUCUACACAACCCUGACAAGGCCAUAAAUGUAUUUGUAUCCUUGAAUGAAGGACUAUAAUGCCAUAAUAAGGUCUCUGGUAGCUGAAAUUCUUCCAGAACAUAUGCACUAUGACGGAACAGUGGGAGAAGCAGUGCCAGUUUCUAAGUGCCUGCUGAUAAACUGAGGAUUUUUUUUUUCUACUCUGAAAUGGGGUGGUGGGCCCUUAAGACUUCCCCAGAAAAUAAUUUAGGCAAAAUCUAAUCGGAAAGCUAUAUUUUAUUUUAUGGGCUGUGAUGUGACAUCAGAUGAAGAAUAAACCUCCUGCAGGAGGACUUUGAACAGUAGGUGCCAAAAACCUUUGAUAUUUUAUGUGAAACCAGACCAACAAUUCUGAUUCUACUCUGACCAACUCAUACAUUUCCAACAAGUCUAUUUCAGUGUGACGGUGAAACGCAAGAGGGUCAACCAACGUUCCCUUUGGGUUACUCUACUACUGCAAUAACUGUUGUAGUAUUACCUGUCUCGUGGCAUUAUCUAGCAUUAGGCAACAUGAGUCCAAAAACUCCAACGGGACACUGUCGUGCUGGGGCCCCAGUGCAUUUUACUGCAUUGUCCGUCAGCUGUUUGACUGAUCUGGACUCGAGCGAGGAAAUCGUAAAACCCUUGUCUCUUCGCCCUGCCUCAUGUUUCUUUUUUGACUACAGAGAGUCCGUUUCCGUGGAAUUUUCUAAGCAAUGUUUUAACUGUAAUUACGUUUUUUUUUCUAAAUGUCCUUAUAGUUUUGAGAGCUGUUCAAAAAAAUUAUAUAUAUAUAAAUAUAAAUAUUUAUGUUUCCUUAUUUUAAUUGUUUAAUGACUUUAUUUUUUGGAGAAAGGCAUUGUAAUUAAUGGAGAGAAUGAAUUUUUCGGCUCGGCAGAGUCUGUGAAGUGGGGCGACUGAAUUUGCAGCUUAUUAUUCCGAACCUUGUGCUUCCGAAAUUCCGUUUAUCCGAAAAAAGAAACCCCCCAACAAACGUUUCUGUCAUUUUUUUAAAUUUGAUAAGGGCUAAGGCAUACGCAGUGAAAUUGAAAUUUAUUCCCAACCAAAAAUAUAUCCUGGUUUAAUAGCUGUCAUGGACAGAUUUGUAUUUCAAAUAAAAUUUGAAUUUUAAUUAAAUUUAAAAAAAAAUAAUUAAUUGGCAGCAUCAGGAUAGAAUUAAUUUUAAUUGUAGAAGUAUAUUAGUAUUAGUAUUAUAUUAGUAUAUUAUAGAAAUAUUUUUUUAAAAUAAAUAUACGUAUCUGCCUUUUUCUUAUUAAGUAACAAAAAAUCUACAACCAAAUCCGUUAUUUUAAAAUUUUAUUUGAAGACCAAACGAAUUAUUUUGUGAAUAUAGCCCAAUUUAAAUCUAAAUAUUAAAAUUACUUAAAUAAAAAAAAAAGAGAUUUAUCUGUCAAGGGACCAGUCUCUCCCCGGAGAUCCGUAACACUAAGUACAUCUCUGAAUUAUUUUUUUAAUAUUUCGAUUUUGACUAAUAUCUGAUGUUUUGCUUUAUUUAAUUUUUUUUAUCUGUUCCGUUUCAUUGUAUGCUGCGCAUAUAAUAAUGUCAGUUUUAUGAUAAACUUGUGCCUUUGGAAAAAUAUAUAUAUAUUAAAAAAAAAAAAAGGAAUGGAAAAAUUAGAAAUUA